UGAAAAAGAAGUGCCCCAAGUUGACAACGUUUUCGCUUGAACAAACACUAAGUUGUACUGUGCGUUUACUGUAUGUUAAAAAUAUUCCUGCGUUACAACUAUCGCAGUAUGUGUACCAGCUUUUAUGGUGCGAGAUAACUUUUGUUAAUCAAGUACUUUCGCGUUGCAAGUCAGCUGUAGUACCGCUCAGGUGGUAUCAUUGGCCUAUGAAUUUGCAGAACACAAAGAAAAAUUAGGCCACUUCCAGGCGAAUCAUUUAUAUUAUAAUUCUUUUUGCUAAUCACAAUAGCCCACAGUAACGAUGAGUAGGAUCUUCACACCGUCAAAUCAAAUCAGAUUAACGAAUGUUGCCGUCGUUCGACUGAAGAAAGGCGGUAAACGAUUCGAAAUCGCCUGCUACAAAAAUAAAGUUGUUUCAUGGCGAAAUAAAGUCGAAAUGAACCUCGACGAAGUCCUUCAAAUGCAUGUGGUUUACGUGAAUGUCUCGAAGGGUGAGGUGGCAAAAAAGGAGGAUCUUGUAAAGUGUUUUGGCAGUGAUGACCAAACAAGAAUCUGCGAGCAAAUCUUAAAUAAGGGAGAAUUGCAGAUAUCAGACAAAGAGCGACACGCGCAACUUGAUGCGACAUUUAAGGAUAUAGCCAACAUAGUUGCAAACAAGACAGUGAAUCCCAACACGAAGCGGCCGUACCCCGUAACAAUCAUUGAAAAAUCCAUGAAGAGCGUGCACUUUUCGGUGAACAUGAACCGAUCACCAAAGCAACAGGCUCUCGAAGUCAUCCAGAAGCUGAAGGAGAUCAUUCCACUAGAGCGGUCACAAAUGAAGCUGCGCGUUGUGAUACCAUCGGGCAAGGCCUUUCGGGACCGCUUAUGGCAGCUGGCUUCAUCUACUGAGCUGGAUGAAAUCAACGUUGCGGGUGAACUCGAAAUGGUCUUUCUCACAGAUCCUGGAAAUUAUAGAGCUCUCGACGAAAUAAUUCAUAAGGAAACAAAAGGAAAGGGUACACUUGAAGUAGUUAGUCUCAAGGAAGUGGCAGAAGGAGACGAAAUGAUUGAAUAAAUAAUGAUAACACACUCUACAGUAGCCAGACAUUUAGGUAAUCACUUUUCGUUAACACUGAAGUAAGGAUUGAUGCUGCACUGUUCAAUUAUCCUUCUACCCUCAGAAAGCGAUGAGCCGGAUUAAAGCAUUAGCUCACGCGUGUUAACGUGAGGAAAGUAUCAACAAAUUUAUUUGAACAGGGGGAUAUUAGUUUCACUGGAACAAAUUCAUUCAGACUCGUUAAAGAUUGCAAAACUUUUUGAAGCUUCGACAUAAAUACAUUAAAUA